AUGGCUGGUCGCUUUGUGGUGAGCACGCAACUAAACGGUGUCAUUUCAUCUGUGGUCGAAGGCACAGUAAACAUUGUUUGGCAGAAUGCAUGCACUGAAUGGCUUUAUAGAUACUCCAUAUUGCCUGCACUAUGCGUCAAUGGCAUCAUCUGGCUCAACAUCAUUGAAGGAUCAUUCGACACCGAGCACUUUGCCACUUUUAUUAGAGGCCUCCUCCAGCAAAUGAAUGAAGCUAGCCUGGAUUUCAGCCCCAUUGAGCCCUCCUUCGGCUGGGUCAAGUCUCUUGCACAGCACAAUGAAAUGUUGUGUUGGGACAUGUCCAUCCGAGACAAUGCUGAUGCCUCUCUUGCUGUGGCUACCCGCCUUCAUCAUUACAUUUCUGCUAUCACACCAGAGCUUGCUACUUUGUGGUUCAGGCAUUGUAAUUACUUGUAG